CUUGACUAUCCUCUCGCCGUUCUCGUGUUUUCCCGUGUCUUCUUGGAGCUCUUCUCGAUUUCGGUUUCACUGGAUGGAGUCGUUCAGUUCUCGUCGAGGAGCGUGUUGUGUUUGAAAGAGAGAAGUAGUAGUGAGUGCCAGAAAAGCGAGAGAACCAGAACCAGUCAAGCAAGUGCUGGCUGGAACCACGGAACCACGGAACGUAGCCGGUGUUUUCUUCCUCUCCUUUGGCUUUACAACCAAGGCCAGGCCGAGUGGAGAGAACCACCAAGUUUCUACGAACGACAAGGACAAGGUCAUUGUCUGAACAAGUCCACCAAUACUCGACAGUGUCCAGUCUCAAAAUAAACUGAAGGCUCCUUUCCUUUGAAAGUUUGAGUGUCAGUGCAGAUAUUUCGAAUAUCAUAGUGACCCGCGUUCUAAAAGACCCAGAUAAUAAUUGAUCGGCGUUGGCCAACGGUGAAAAUCACUCAAUUCUUGCGAAGGAUGGUAAAGGCUCAUGCAAGAGCCUUGGCAUAGCCGUGAAGAUGACGAUUUGGUAAAGGAGUUUAACGAUAGCUGCUGCUUUGUUUCGACACCAUGGAAAACGAUUAUCACAGUCCCUACGAUCACCAUGAUGAUCAGGAGAGCGACCACCUCAAUCAUUACGAGGCCCCGACUUGUUUGGCCAGAAAUCCGUCGGGAUCUCUCUACAUCCCCUCAGAUCCUUUGGUGGGUCAGACGACGCUAGACAGUCGCCUUCGAACGGCCACUAACUUUGAUACCUAUAGUCCGCAUCAUCAAAUGACCAUGACUGCCUCGGGCCACCACUUGACGCAAAGUAAACUGCUCAAUGGAUCACCUUGUCGCUCCCCGGCGGCCACCUCAGGUGCGGAUGGGAGCUACAGUAAGUCAACCCUGCCCAGUUACACAUCUCAAAGGCUCCUCGCCGGAGGUGGAGGCGCCUUGAGUUCCCACGUCAAUGAUGGCACAACCAGAACCAAUGGUGGCAUUGGUGGGAAUAGCAAUAACCCUUUACUUCAUCAAAGUCUUGUCAGAAGAUCGUCACCCAACUCCUCCAGCCAAUAUAGUCAACAUUGGCGGAUGAAGAAGGACCUUGGAGGGAACUGCUCGUGGAAGUUUGCAGCCAUCCUCUUCAUGCUCCUGUCAGUCAUUUUGGUGUCCGCUCUCAGCUACACUACAGUAUCCAGCUAUUUGAACUAUUCCUAUGAUCACGCCAAGGCAUGUGCCGUGAUAGAGACCUCGUCGUCAAAUCUGGCCUCGGUGGCCUCCACUGGUGACCCGGAUGAAGAAAUCUUCUCAGAAUUGGGAUACCAAUCAGACAAGUCUGGAACCACUCAAAGAGCCACGGCUCUAUCACAUCAACGUGCUUCCCUCCCGCCCGAUGGCUCCACCUUCGCUCACCUCGUUCUUGGAGAGAAACAAAGUCAAGUCAUUCCUGCCUACAGUUAUUGGAACUUUCAAUUCCAGCAAAAGGCCUCUGUGUAUGUUGAAUUUGAUAUCGAAGUUCCUCGUGGGUCUUCCAUUGGUUUGUACGCCCGUCGCAAUGCCAUUCCCACUUUGACCUUGAAUGACGUCAGAGACGUGUUUGCUGGGUUUCGAGGACGUUCAGCUAGAGAGAGCUCGUCUUCAUCCACGGCCUCGCCCACGGUCACGCAUACUGCAAACUACUACCUUGAAUCAGGUCAUUGGUUCAUGUCCUUCUACAACGACGAUGGACAACCCAGAAGAGUUGGGUUUCAGGCAGAAGCUUCGGAUGAGUUAACGCGAAACUGUCCCAAGGGCUGCUCCGGUCACGGCGAGUGCGUCUUAGGCCAAUGCCAAUGUCAACCUGGAUUUGAUGGACCAGACUGCGGACAAAGUAUUUGUCCUCUUCUAUGCACCGGCAAUGGAGAGUACGAGGAUGGUCAAUGCCGAUGCUAUCCUGGCUGGAAAGGACUUGAAUGUCAAUUGCGACAUGACGAGUGUGAAGUGGCGGACUGCAAUGGACACGGAAAAUGCGUCAAUGGUCAAUGCAAUUGUGCCCGGGGAUUCCGCGGAGACCAUUGUCAAGAGACCGACUGCUCGGAUCCUCUUUGCUCCAAUCACGGAUUCUGUGUGGAGGGAUCUUGCGUCUGUCGAAAAGGGUGGCGAGGCUUGAACUGCGACCAGUUGGAUCAUGAAGCCCGUCAAUGCUUGCCCGAUUGUUCAAGUCACGGCGAAUUUGAUCUUGAGAGCCAAAAAUGCGUUUGCCAUGGACCCUGGACCGGAAGAGAUUGCUCCAAAGAGAGAUGUAAUCUGGACUGCGGACCUCAUGGAUCUUGCGAAUCUGGUCACUGCAUUUGCCAAGUCGGCUGGGAAGGCAACCGCUGCAACGAGAAGCAAUGCGAUGCCCGCUGCAAGGAUCACGGUGUUUGUUCCAACGGAACCUGUCUUUGCACUAAUGGCUGGAACGGAAAACACUGCACUCUGGAAGGCUGUCCGAAUAACUGCAAUAGCCACGGCCAAUGCAAGACUAAUCAGGCCUCGAUGGAAUGGGAAUGCUUGUGUGAGUCCGGAUGGUUCGGGCCUGGUUGCAACAUUUUCAUGGAACAGGAUUGCUCAAAUGAUAUUGACGACGAUCAGGAUGGCUUAAUGGACUGCGAGGACCCGGAAUGCUGUGAGAGCCCCGUCUGCAAGAAGAGCCAAUUGUGCCACACCGUGCCACAGCCGAUUGAUAUCCUACUCCGAAAACAGCCUCCAGCUAUCACGGCCUCGUUUUUCGAGCGGAUGAAGUUCAUCAUCGAGGAUAAGGGACUCCAAAGCUACGUCCAAAGAGCCGGCUUCAACGAGAGUCUAUUCUGGAGUCAAUUUUCUGAUCGUCGGGCUGCGGUUGUUCGCGGUCAAGUGUUCACGCCUUCCGGAAUGGGUCUGAUUGGGGUGCGUGUCUCAACCACGUUGCCGAAUGAAGGCUUCACCAUGACCCGGGAUGAUGGCUGGUUUGAUCUCAUGGUGAAUGGCGGUGGCUCCGUGAUGCUUCAAUUCGGACGAAAUCCCUAUCCUCCUCACAAGUUGAAUAUCUUUGUUCCGUGGAACGAAGUGAUCGUUCUCGACCCGGUCGUCUUGGGGCAAGCUAGUGGGGGAUCAAAAGGAAUUGCCAAUGAGAAUAUUCCAACCAUCGGCCAUGGCAGACCGAAAGCCACCACCUGCCGGGAACAUGAUUUCUCUACCAUGAAACCGUUGGUUUUAGCCUCCUGGAAGAAUGGCUUUCAGGGCCAAAUUCCGGACCAAAGCGCUGUAAUCUUGGAGACUCGAGCCAUUCAAGAAAGUCUGGCCAUCCCUGGCUCGGACAUGUUUUUGGUGUAUCAUUCAGCCCGAAGCAAAGGCUACAUGUCCAUCAUUCAACUGCAACUCACCCCGGAUGUCAUUCCACCCGCCUUGGUCAAGGUCCAUGUGAAGAUAACCAUUGAAGGGGUGGUCCACGAAAAGCUCUUUGAGGCUGAUCCAAAUAUCCAAUACACCUACGCGUGGGACCGCCUCAACGAAUACCGCCAACGGGUUUAUGGGAUUACGACAGCCAUUGUGAAAGUUGGCUACGAAUACAAAAACUGCGAGUCUCUGAUAUGGAACAUUCAAACAACGAAAAUGAGCGGCCAUGUCAUGGACAGCUCUGAUUUGGGUGGAUGGGAGUUGAAUGUUCAGCACAAAUACAAUUUCCACGCCGGGAUCUUGCAAAAAGGCGAUGGCCACACAGUCUACCUCAAGUACAAGCCACAUGUCGUGACGACGGUUAUGGGCAAUGGAGAGCAACGAUCCAUUGAUUGCAACACCGAUGCGUGUGCCAAUGGCGAGGCCAGCAAGCAAAAGCUCCUUGGACCGAAAGCCCUGGCCUCGGCUGCGGAUGGUUCGGUUUUCGUGGCGGAUUAUGAUCUCAUUAGGCGGAUUACUCCGGAUGGGGAAAUCACAUCUUUGCUCAAGCUCAACACUUCCAGGGUCUCAUAUCGUUAUCACAUGGCCCAUUGUACUUACAAUUACGAACUGGAGAAAAAACAGACGCUCUACAUAUCUCAACCCGAGUCUCAUCAAAUCAUUCGAAUGAAGCGAGUUCCACUUGGCAAGGCUGCCGCAGCCUUAUCUCCCUAUGCAUUGGAGGAGGAUCUGGCCAUCAACCCCGAAGAGUUGGAUUCAAAUUGGGAAGUGUUCAUUGGCAAUGGAGAGCGAUGUCUUCCGGGCGAUUCUGAUCACUGUGGAGACGGAGGAAAAGCCGAGAAUGCCAGAUUGGCUUAUCCUAAAGGUAUUGCCGUGGCUGCCGAUGGUCGUGUUUUCGUCGCUGAUGGGAGCAAUAUACGCAGUGUAGAUGAGAAUGGAAUUAUCACCACUUUAAUCGGCCAUCAAUAUCACCGCUCCAAUUGGAAGCCCUUACCUUGUGAAGGUGCCAUAUCCAUCCGGGACGUGCAACUAAAUUGGCCCACGGAAUUGGCCAUCAGCCCAUUGGAUAACUCGCUCCAUCUGAUCGACGAUAACGUUGUUCUCAAAGUGACUCACGAUGAUCGAAUCUCGAUCGUGGCGGGACGACCUCUUCAUUGUCCACCUCCACCUAAAUCUAAAGAUGUCGACGAUUUGGCCACUAGUGCCACCCUCGUGGAACCCCAAUCGAUCUCAUUUUCUCCGAAUGGCGAUCUUUUCAUCGCCGAGAGCGAUUCACAACGCAUCAAUCGCAUUCGACGAGUGUCAACGGACGGAAAAAUCUCUACGUUUGCCGGAAAGGACUCGAAAUGCAACUGUCUAGACAUCUCGUGCCUAUGCUUCGAGAGCGAUCAAUUCCUGGCUGCCAAAGUCAAGUUCAGUGCCAUCAGUGCCAUCACCUGCGCCCCCGAUGGCGUGGUGUAUAUUGCGGAUCAGGGGAACUACCGUUUACGAGCCAUCAGUUCGAGUCUCCCGCCCGAGCACUCCGACGGAGUCUUUGAGGUCCCGGAUACAGAUGCCCAAGAGAUGUACAUUUUCAACAAAUUUGGCCAACACGUUCUCACUAAGGACAUCAUGACAUCCAAUAUCCUGUACAAAAUGACGUACUCCCAAGCCACUUCCAAUGGAAAACUCACGUCUGUGGCUGAUCCUGCAGGUAGAACUCUGACCAUCAUGCGAGACUACAGAGGGAAUGCCAAUGCAUUGCAGACCUCGAACGGGCUCAAGAACACGCUCAAAAUGUCACAUGUGGGCUAUCUGGAGAGUUUCGAAACCCCGUCCAAGUAUCAGGUGGAAUUCAAAUAUUUGCGACCCCAAGGUCUUUUGAAAAGCAAGCUAGACAGCCAAGACAAGGCUUACGUAUAUGAAUACGAUCAGUACGGGCGACUGAUCAUGUCGAUCUCGCCCACGGGACAAACCGUUUCCCUCGCGUUCAAUCUCACCUCUACGGGGGGAGCCAUCACUGUUGAAAAGGAUGGAGAGCGAAGUCAAAUAUUGCGUUUAAACGAGGAUCUUGUGGUUUCCACCUUGGGUGAGCAGGCGACGGAGGUGAUUUCGAUAGGCGCGGACAAAACAUUGACUGACAAGACUUCAUGGUCGCAAACCACCACUUUGGGAACGAUUCCACAUCCGGUGAUUGCUGUCUCUGAUCCAGUUAUGGGCGACUCGUUUCCUAUGGUGGGCGAACAGCUCACGUAUUUGGGGACAAACCUCGUGAACAAAUUGAACUGGGAGUACUUACUGGCAACUAAUGGCCAUAACGGCCAAAUGAUGGGCAUCAAGAAGACGCUGAAGGUCAACGGAGAGAACCUCCUGACCAUUUUCUUUGACAAAUUGCAGCGUCGCGAGGUAUUUUACUCGGGCACAAAGAGCGAGCUCAUUGAAGUACGAUACGAUAGCUUAUCUCGACCCAUUAGAUGGGAGCCCCUGGCUGGUGGCUUUAGUCCAGUUGACUUGGGUUACGACCGCUUUGGACAUUUGAAUAAGUGGUCUCGAGGCCAAGUGAGCGAGGAAUACACCUUCGAUAAGGCCGGUCGUUUGAACUCGAUUCAACGCGGUAAUGCCACGCUUUUGACUUACCACUACGCCGAGGCCUAUCUGGGCUUACCCAACUCGAUCUCCACUGGGCAAGGGUCAAAAUUCAUUUUGGAUUACGAGGACAAGACCGGGGGUCUGAAGAGUAUUCAAACCCCAAGAGGCCAUUUCCACUCGUUUCGUCUGCGACCCGGGCCUGGCUUUUUGCGAUUCCAGUACCUUUCUCCUUGGAGCGAACAACAUUAUGAGAUCCUCUUUGACUCGGAAGGGAAGAUAAGAAAAAAGGUCUUCCCGGGAGUAGGAAAUGAGGCCGUCUAUUUCUUUUACAACCCCUCCGGAUCGGUCAAGCAGUACAUCUGCGGUGAUAUUGAGUCCACGUUUGACUAUGACGAGGACACCGGCAAUUUGGACACUGUGGUCACAAGACAAGGACAUGGUUUCGACUUAAAGGCCAGAUUCAAGUACCAUGGCGGCUUGCUCAAGGAGCAAAAGCUUCGUUUCACGGGUGGGUUCCCCGACUUGGAGAAUGCCAUUUUCCGCCACCAAUAUGACGGUUUUGGCCGCCCAUCGACCAUGAUCGCGACCAUUGGAAGCCAGGACCAGCAAGAAUCGUGGCCCACCGUGUACAACGCGAACACUGGUCUGUUGGAAAAUAUGGGCAAGAUUCGCGUCUCGAGACCCUCGCCCAACAAGACCAUGCUCCAAGAUAACAAUAACAACUACUUCAAAUCCGUGGAACGCGAUGAGAACAACCGAUUGCAGCGUAUCACCUUUGGCCUCAGGCGAAGAGAGAUGCUCUCAAUUCACUUGAGUUAUGAUAGUCAAAACCGAGUGAGCCAACGGAGGAUCAUGAAUCAAGAAGGCCGUCCCAGUGAAGAGAAAUUCUCCUUCUCCCCCGAUGGACAUUUGCUUCAAGUUUGGGGACCAGACAAUUUUGAUUAUCGCUACGACGCCAACGGCAAUUUGAUCGGCGAAGGCAGUUCAAGGGGACCGAAAGCCAUCCAAUAUGAUGCUGGGGAUCGAGUGGAAAGGAUCGAUACGAGUACCCGCGUCAUUUACGACCCCAAAGGGUUUGUCGGUCAGGUCGGAGAUCAUGAAAAGUUUUGGCAUGAUGCAAGUGGAAAACUCAUUCAAUACUUGGUCCUGGAUAAAGAAGCCACAGCUGGCACCCGGGUCUCUUUCUUUUAUGACUAUUUGGGACGUCUGGUGGCUUGGCAAGACACACGAGGUCAUAUCCAGCAAUUCUUCUAUGCCAAUGUGAAGAAUGAGCGGGAAUUAACUCACGUCCACCAUCCGAAAUCCGGGCUAACUCAAAGGCUUCUCUACGAUGAAAACGGUCAUCUCAUCGCUCUGAAAGCUGGAGAGCAGAUGCUUUUUGUGGCCACUGAUCAAAUGGGCUCACCCAUUCUCGUUUUCUCGGAGGACGGCACCGUCCUCAAGGAGAUCGAGUACUCGCCGUUCGGCACAACUGUCAAGGACACUAAUCCCGGAAUGAUUCUCCCAUUGGGUUUCCACGGGGGCAUUGCUCUGCCUCAUUCCAAGUUUCUGUUCAUGUCUGAGGGUCGCAUCUAUCAUCCCGAAUUGUUGCAAUAUCUCAAUCCAGAUUGGGAAAGUCUGCAAGGCGAUUUGACCAAUCCCCUGGCUUUGUUCGUUUAUCGCUUCAGGAACAACGACCCCAUCAAUCCUGCUCUCCAUUUGAACUACAUGACCCACAUUGAAGAGUGGAGCAAGCUCUUCGGCCUAGAUCUCGAUAACAUCUUAGACUCAAGUCAACGUGGGUACAAGGAAAUCAAUUCCCUAGCCCUCCUUCGCAGCGAAAUUCUACCCAGCCUUAUGUCAUCCGACCUGCGCGUGAUCACGGGCAUGGCCCAAGCUUUGACCCGCGCCCGUGAAUCGAUGCCCAAGAUCAGCUUUAUCAAGACGUUCGAUUCGGUCUCCACGCCCAUGCCGAUACUACUCAAUGCUCGAAUUGCCAGUAAACCCAUGGCGUUUGGACGCGGGUUCUUGCUAUCCGUGAUAGACGACAUCAGUGUGGUUCACGUGGUCGAAGGUGUCCAAGGCGUGGUCCAGAAGAUCUUCGAAUCCGUGCUCAAUGGAACGGGGUAUUUGGAUUCGUCGUUCCUCCAAUCGGCCGAUAAGAGCGUGUAUUACUUCGCCACCACGGCUGAUAGUCAGUUAGCCAUUGACCGGGAAACUGUGAAUCGUUUGGCGGGAGAAUACGAUGUGGCAGUGCGUGACGUGGAUAACAACGACAAGGAUUUGAAAAUCGACAAUUCCGAGCUGGUGGUGCACGUCAUUUAUGGCCAGGCCAUUGUCCGCCAUCGCGAGAACAUUCAGAAAGACCAAAGUGGUCUGGCCUCGCAAUUAGCUUGGACGAGAGAAAAGAGCCUUAUUCAAGCAGGCUUCAGCGGAGUGGGCGAUUGGACCAAAGGCCAGAAGGCAGAGUUAGUGAUGGGACAUCGGAUUCGUGGCUUCACGGCGGUAGAGAUUCAUCCACGCAAUCGCUACCCGGAUUUGGUGAGAGAUGCGUCCAAUUAUUUCUUCGUUUCCAACGGCAACAAUGGCGAGAGCAUCAGCGGUCAUCGACGAAAAAGUCGGCAUGGAAAAACGAGAAAGCACUAACUAAUGUUCGAUGGAUCGAAAUGAAAAAGAUGAAGGAAAAGAGGAAUCUGGAUCGACUAACGCACUCCAAAACGAAUGCUCAAAGAAUCAAGCACUAAAAGAGAUAUCAAAAAGUCCCCCAAAGACUGGGAAGAGCGCCUCUCUUCACAGGCCAAAACCAAGACAAGAACCGGACAAGUGAAAAGUCCGACCGAAAGCAGAGACUUGUAAAUUACUGUGAUAAAUCCGAGAUUCCCGCGUAAGAAAACCAGAAGACAAAGACAAUUACAAAGAUGUCGAAAAUUAUCUAACUAUCAUGAUACCGUGCAACCAGACUGCCCCGCAAUCCCACCCAGAACUCAAUUGGAACACUCAGUCAACCCCUCAAAAUGAUCCAAAACCCGGAAGGAUUGCAAGUAGCCAACGCGGGACAAGGAGGAAUCAUGUGUUGCAAAGAAAAAAAGAUGUUUAUGUUUUAUUGUUGAGGCUGUGAUAUUUUAUUACCACUUUGACGAAUCAUCAUCCCCCCUAUACCCUUGUCUACUACUACAACUAGUUACCCCACCUUUAUCCAACUGUUAAUGCUCCCGAAUUCGCUUCAAUGAGCGAGCCGCAACUUGAAUCUCGGCACAAAUUCUGUCGAAGCCCCUCCUUCACUCACAUUAGGCGUAUUCGACUCUCGCUCGUGUACUAUCAAAUAUCUGUAAGUGUUUCCUGUCCACUUUUAUGUUUGAACAAUAGCCUCUAUGAUCGUCAUUUGGUGCGUGUCGUGUUCUAGCCAGAUGCGGUUGGAUCCCAUCGUAAAUAGAGAGAAAGGCCACCAACACCUUGGUCCGAAGGGUUGAUGCCACCGUGGAUUUGGUGGUGCACGUCGAUUAAAUUGAUAAGACUCGUGCCACUCUCCUGGAUGGACCUAUUAAUACAACAACAGCUACUACUACAUUAUUACUACGCGUGUAUUACAAACCCAAAUGUCGCUACUCGAUUGAGCGGAAAUAAACGUAUUGAGAGAAA